AUGUCAGACAUAAUUGAUAGCAGUUCAAGUACAAGUACAAUCGAAUCAAGUCGUAGUUCAAAAUCUAUUCUUCAAUUAAUUACAUGUCCAAUUUGCCUUGAAAUUUUUCAUGAACCAUUGCAAUUACCUUGCCAACAUACUUUUUGUAAAUUAUGCCUAGAACGAAUUACAGAAGAUCGUUGGGGUCGAUGUCCUGUAUGUCGUGGGUGUUAUCGAGUACCAUUUGCUGGCGUAGGCUCAUUUGAAGUAAAUCGAACAAUUGUGAAUUUACUUGAAAGUCUUUCACAUACUGAGCCAAAACCUAUGCUUAAAGCAAAGUGUGCUCUUUGUAAAUUAGAAGAUACAAUUACUGUAUGUGAACAUUGUCGAGAAGCCAUAUGUUGUAAAUGUCGUCGACAACAUUAUGAUGAAUUUUCUCGAUAUAUAAGUUCAAAACUGAAUGAAACUCAACAAGAAACAGAAAAAUUAAUUGCAAAAGAAGUUGAAAAUAUAAAAAAUCACGAAGAAAAUGUUGGUCGUUCACAUGAUAUUGCUGAUGUAAUUCGUAAUAAAGUAGCUGAUCUUAUCGAAAAAAUUAAACAGGAAGAAACAAAAUUACUGCAUAAUGUACAAGAAUUUAGUAGGGCUGAACAAAGAUUAAUUGAUGAAAAAAAUACUCGUCUUCAAGAUCUCUCAAUAAUUAAUAAAUUCUGUUUAGAAUCUCAAGAAAUAUUACACAGUAAAGAAGAAACAGAUCAAGAAGCAAUUGAAAUUCGACAAAAAUGUGAAGAGUAUGUGCUCAGUAUCAAUAAUCUUCAAAGUCAAAUACUUAUUGUUAAAACACCUAUUCGUCGAAUUUCUUUUUUUAAUCGAGAUAUAUCAUCAGAUGCAAUUUCAUUGGGUUUUGUUGAAAUUGGAAUGGUACUUGAACCAAUUGAAAGCUCUGUUCAACUUUCACCAAUAUUUCUAUCAUCAUUAAAAACUGAUCCAUCAUCAACAACAUCAUCAACUGAUGCCGACUUACAACAUUGUUCAAAACAACUUAUACGUUGUUUAAGUGCCACAUUACAACAACAAAGUGAUUAUCUAAAUGGUUCAUCACCAUCUUAUCGUUCGAAUGUAUCAACAUCUGAUAAUAAUGGAUGUUGUCGUCAACAACUACAAUCACAAAAUCAUAAACGAACACCACGUAUUAUUGGUAAACGAGGAACACGUGAUACUGAAUUUAUGCAUCCAUCAUCAUUAGCCUAUUCGAAACGAGAUCAACUUAUUUAUGUAUGUGAUACUUAUAAUAAUCGUCUUGUAACAUACAGUAUUGAUGGUAUUUUUCAACAAGUUUAUACAGCUAUAAGUGAAACAGGUGAAAUACGUUUUCAUCAUCCAUAUGCUGUUCAUAUUGACUCCGAAAAUCGACUUUAUUUAAUUGAUCAAUCGGAACGUCGAAUAAAAGUAUUUAAUCGAGAUUUUAAAUUAAUCCGUGUUAUUGGUCAACACGGUCGAGAUGUUGGUCAAUAUUCAGCACCAUGUGAUUUAUGUACAAAUGAACAAAAUUAUAUAUUUGUAUGUGAUGCUGGUGGUCAUCGAAUAUUAAAAUAUAGUGAACAAGGACAAUUUCUUCUUGCCUGGGGUGGUCUCGGUACUGAUAAUGGACAAUUUAAAUGUCCAGCUUGUGUAUGUAUACUUAGUGGCGAUCGUUUAGCAGUAUCUGAUUGGGGUAAUGAUCGAAUACAAGUGUUUAAUUGUGAUGGUGAUCAUUUAUUGACUAUUGGUCAACGUGGCAAACUUUUAUCAGAAUUUUUUCGUCCAUUAGGUCUCGUAUAUGAUGAAGCAACCGAAAGAUUAUUUGUUUGUGAUGAAGGCAAUAAUCGUGUAACAAUAUUUAAUAGUGAUUUUACUACAACAGAACUUGUACACUCGAAAAUUGGUUUUCAUGGACCAUAUGAUAUAUUAUUACUUAAAGAUGGUCGCAUUAUGAUAUCUGAACAUCGAGCACAUCGUUUGCAAAUUAUUUAA